UCAUUUUCUCUUCUAAUUCUUGCGCUGAUUUCUUCAAAACUCUUCUUGUGCUGUUUCUCUCUACUUCUUCUAAGAAAGAAAAAAAAAUAUGGGAAUUUCAUGGAGUAAAAGGCAUCAAAAUCAUCACAUCCACCACCCACCUCCUCAGCCGCCGCCGCCGUCUUCUUCUAUUGCUCCGCCCUUUCCUUCUCAUUCUCCACCACCACCACCUCCCCACCCAACCUACUCCUUUCCUGCAACUUCAACAACUCCUCCCCCCUCCCGAAACCCUUAUCCUUUACUAACCCCUCCUCCCCAACCCAACUACCCGCCUCCGUCCAAUUCUUACUACCAUUUUAAUUUUAGUCAGUCCAGUUAUGGUACUAGGCCUGUAGUCUGUCAUAAUCAUUAUCCUCCUUAUUAUCAUCCUCAAAGUAAUAACGGAUGGGGUGGGUUUCGGCCUCCGCCGCCUCCUCCACCGCCAAUCCCGGCGGUGCCGUAUGUCGAUCACCAAAAUGCAAAGAAGAUUAAGAAUGAUGUUAAUGUUCAUAAGGAUACUAUAAGGGUUCAAGUUGAUGAGUUCAAUAAGGAUUUCCAUUUGGUUUCUUUUACUUUCGAUGCUCUUGUUGAUGGAAGUAUCACCAUUUUCUACUUUGCUAAGGAAGGGGCCAACUGCAAAUUCAGUCCAAUAUAUCCUGAAAUGAAGCCUGUUCAAAUACCAUUUAAAAAAGGACUAGGCCAAAAGUUUUGCCAGCCUUCUGGAACUGGAAUUGACCUGGGCUUUUUUGAUGUCAAUGACCUAUCAAAGCCACUCCAAGGAGAAGAAAUUUUCCCUCUUGUUAUAUCAGCAGAGUCAUGUCUUCCAUCUACACCACCGGAUGAGAAGUAUGAUGGGCAAUCACUGGAUAAAUCUCUCCAUUCACAGAUAACUGAAGCUGUGCUAGUGAAGAAUAAUGAGGAUCAUUUUCAAGUGAAAGUGAUCAAGCAGAUUUUGUGGAUUGAAGGAGUUCGCUACGAGUUGCGAGAGAUUUAUGGGAUCAGCAAUUCGGAGGAAACUAACGUCAAUGAUGAGGAGUCAGGAAAAGAAUGUGUAAUUUGCAUGACUGAGCCGAAAGACACGGCAGUUUUGCCAUGUAGACAUAUGUGUUUGUGCGGUGAGUGCGCCAAAGAACUGAGGCAUCAAUCAAAUAAGUGCCCCAUAUGCCGCCAACCCAUUGAGGAACUUCUGGAGAUUAAGGUCAACAAAGCGGCAUCAUAAGCUGGGAUAUUGACAAGCCAGAAUUGUAUCAAGUCCAAGGUUUGUGUUUUUGGUCUACUAUUCAGCUUGUGAUUUUAUAGCACAGAGAUUGUACAUAAUGCAGUGAAUAAUACCAAGUUUUUGUCAACAUUUUCACCUUUUUGUUAAAGGAAAGCUGUAGACUAAUUAUCUCUUCCCUUUAUUUGUUGAGUUAAAUUGCUUGAGGACAGAGGACCCCAUUGUCUUUCCUCUUUUUAUUUUCUUUUGCAUUUCCCGUUUUCAUAUGUGAUGGAGAAAAAGUGGGUGGGAAUAUUUGUACUGCAAGUAAAGUGGAGAAAAAAGCAGAUGAAGAAUCUAGGCUUUGGCUCUACUAGGAUUUUGAGAAGACAAAAGGCUGAAAUGUUGUCUGAAAGUAUAUAUUUGAAUAGGAAGAGAUUGGUCUCUUGUGUAGAAGGGGAGACAAUUUUGAAUGACGUUAAAGCAAAAGUGUCUACGCUGAUCCCAAGGUUUGAACUUUGACGCAUCACUGGAUCAUGUUUCUCAUGUUCUUGACACCAAAGGAGAAAAAAGUGUGCUUUGGACAUAGUAGUAGCAACUUUAAUUCCUGAAUUCCUUUCUUUUUUCCACUUCCCUUUUUUGGGGGUUUUCGCAGAGUCAAAUAUAACUAGUGUGGAAAAGACAUUGAAAAGAACCAAAAGGUUAUAUUUUCCUCUUUCAUCCUUGUUAAAUGUAAGCUUCCGAUAGAUAUUUUUGAUUCUUAUUUUUAUGGAAAACUA